AUGGAUAGAGUGCUAAAGCGUGUUGGCCUCUCAAAAAGAUCACAACUUGAAAGCGAUACUAAUAAUGUGACAUCAGGAGAAAAUGUCAAAAUUCGUCGAAGACGUCGCUCAAAAUCUCGGAGACGACCACCUACCAAGGGCGAGAUCAACAAAAAAUCAAAAGGAAUAUUUAAUAUUGAUUGGGACGUUGUAAAAGAUUGUAAAUCUUGUAAAUCCAGGGCCAUAACAAGAAAAUUUUGCAGUAAGAAAGUUGACAAUGAACUCUACAGAUCUAAUAGUUUCAAAUAUGAGAGGUUUAUCAAAAAUAGUGACGAUCUCUCGCCAAUUAAAAGAAAAGCCUUGCUUGAUUGCAGCAGAAGAUUCUCAAACGAGUUGAUCUCUUUAUGUGAAGACUACAGCCUUCCUGCCGAUCAUUUAGCUGAACUUGCAAAAAGAAGACCAAAUAGUAUAGCUGUUACUAAUAAUUGCUUUUUGUCUCGCAAUUUUUCUGACCUCAUCCUUUCUAGUCCUGAAGCAGAACAUGUUGUAGUCUUAGACACAUAUUCAACCCCUAGAGAUUCUCAACAGCAAUUGGCUCAAGAAGAAAAAUAUUUUACUAGUCCAGAUAAGGAAUAUUCUCAACCUUAUACUACUGAAGAAUCAUCCAACGCUACUUCAGACGAGGAUUUUGCUUGUACCCAAAACCAAAAACCUAGACCUCAGGACUUAAACUCUCCUGAUAGUAUCAACGAAGGUACUUCAGUACAUCCUGCUUCGGUCCUUGACGUUCUUUCUCCAACUAAAUCUGAAUUACCUACUGCUAAGCGACACCCUUCGCCUUAUUAUUACGGAGAUUUGUUUAAAUACAAAACUGAACAACCUCAGCAGGCAUCUCCUAGGAAAACCUAUGCUGGCAUAAAAAAAAAUUACAGUUUUAAAGAGAUUGCCAGUAAAAGUGAAGGUCGUAGAAAAAAUAAACCAUCUAAGCGACAUCGAAAGAGAGAUAAAAGUGAAUCUAGGAAGCAUCAGCAUAUUGCUGCAACUGAUAGGCCUCAAAUAAGACAACAUAAAAAAUUCUCAUCAAUCGACAGUCAUAGUACGUCAUCUCGAGAUGCUUCAAACGAGCCUAAAGAGAUACAGAAGGCAUCUGACAGUGUUUUAGAUCUUCUCUGUUUCCCCGACGAUGGAUUAGACGACAUGACCCGACAAAGGCAUGUCUACGAAACAGCUUUUGACUGUCGCAUUAGCAAAUCUGAUGACGGCCUCGAUCAAAUUGAACGUGUAAUAAAUCACCCCGCGCUUUUACAGUGUAAUAAUGGAUCCGAGCCAUCCAAAGGAAGCAACUUAACAAUUAAUAAAACUAUUCAAACAAAGCAAAAAGAAGAAAUUAAGCCGAGCCAUGAGAAAGAAGACAAUAAUCAAGUUUUAAAUUUAUCCCAAAAUCUCCAGAAUAUGCAUCUAACGACUGAAGACACAGCAACCUCAAUAGGCAGUAUGCUUCUCUGCGGUUACAUCCCGUCCCCACCAUCAACCGCGCCCUUACCUUCAAAAUUUCCAGGCAAAGAAUUAAUGAUGAACAGUAUAAGAAGUGCUCCUAACUUGCCUUCAAAAACUCGCAUGAAAGACAUCAGUUUGCCUGUCAAAUCUUUGAAAGGUCGCUCUUCAGCAUCCAGCAGUGGAUCUUUGCAAAUUCGACAAGGAAGUGCCUUUGAAAUUGAAUUUGGUAAUAGUUCAAAUUCAGCUCCUCAUAUUUCUGAGUUUAGGGGAAGACCUGGCAAUUCUAGAGAACAAACUGGAGAAAUGGAACGAAUCGGGGAAAUAAAAAGUAGGCCUAAGCCCAAUUUAUUAAUGGUUCCAAAACGAACUAAAGACAGUAUAAUCAGAAGAAUACGACAUAAAUAUUCAUCGACGGAGAGCAUUAUAACAAGUAGCAGCGGAGGAAGUAUGGAAAGCAUCAAAAGUAGCACCAGUGAGGGCAAUAGGAGCACUAGCAGUUCAUCAAGUCAUCAAUCCGCAUCCUUAAGUAGUCACAGUUCCGAUUCAGGCAGUGUCCGUCCAAAAAGCUAUUCAACAAUUCAAAGUAAUUUCCUUACUCAGCAAGUAAGCAAUAAACUCCAUAUUUUAAGUCCCAUUUCGGAUAAAUCGUCUCAGGAACCAAUUUCUGAAACUUCCGACAAUAAUAGAAACAACAAUUCUCAGAAAUGUUCACCUGAAGGGCAAAAUGAAGCAGCUGGUAGUAUAACUGAAGUUAAAAUUAUCAAGAAAAGAUUUCCUCAGAAUAAAAAUCUUUUGAGUUUAAAUUUUCAGGAUAGGCCUGAAAUACAAGGUUCGGACAGUGGAAUUUCCAUACAAAGUCGAGAAGGUGUUAAUAAAUCUCGAUAUUUAUUUGUCACGACCGAUUUGUCCGCGCCUCCAUCUCAACCAGAUUUUUCUGAUCUUCCAUUCGAUAUGCCCAAGCUUAGAAGGCGCAGAGUUAUUCCAGAUACCGCUUGUACUUCGGGUAGUGCUACUUCCAUAGAUCUCAGAGAUUUACCGUUUGAUAUGCCAAAAUUACGUAGACGCAUGAGACUUCAAACUGGAAAUUUAGAAGAUACUAUAUAUCAAGCAUCAUCAAGCCAAAGUGUAUUAAAAAUGAACAGAGGCCAUCCAAGACCUAAAUUAACACUAAAUUUAGGUGAUAUGGCUAAUCGUAAAACAUCAGGACUAGGGUUGACAUUAACAGGAAUGGGAAUGAAUGAUGGCGCUUCUACAAGUACCCAGUGUAAUUUUUUCAACCCCUCAACAUGUGAUAGUAUUGAUACAAAUUUACCUUUGGAAAAACAGGGAUGGUUUCAUGGUUCAAUUACAAGAGUAGAAGCAGAAAAUGUCUUGAGAUCUCUGAGAGAAGGUAGCUUUUUAGUCCGAAAUAGCGAGUCAAUAAAAAAUGACUAUUCUUUGUCAUUAAAGAGUGCAAGAGGCUUUAUGCACAUGAGAAUACAGAAGAGUAGGGAGAACAGUUGCUUUAUUUUGGGACAAUUUAGCAAACCUUUUACCACAAUUCCGGAAAUGAUAAAACAUUUUUCAAUGAAUCGAUUACCUAUUAGAGGGGCUGAACAUAUGUGUUUACUGCAACCAGUUAUCGCACAACUCUUGUGAUAUGCACACUCGUAAGUUAGUUGUCAGAAAAUUAAUUUUCAAUAUGUAUUAAUAAAAAAAGUCAAGCUAUUACAUUUCUUUUUUGCUGAAUUAACGUGUGUUUCACAAGUUUCAUCAGAAAAUAGGAUUUUUAAAACAAAAAAAAUUUUCGUUUUAUAAAGAAUAGGUACCAAGUUUAUUUGAAAUCUAAAUUCUAUUAUACCAAUCGACCUGCGCUGCUCCACGAGGCAAAAUUUUAUUUGGGCACGUUUGAUAAUAGAGGUCUGGAUAAACGCAAUUUCUCAGAUAUUAAUCAAAAUUCUAUGCCCUUUGAUCUUUUCGACAUACCUUUAACUUAUGAAACAUACGUUAAUAUAUUUUGGCUAAAUAUUAUAACCUUCUAAAGAUAAGUUCAAUUGUAGCAACUAGCUUUAAAACAUAUCAUUUAUAUUUGAAAUAUUAGAAGUUGAAUAUAUAUUGGAUUUUCUAGUUUUAAGGUGAUAAAGAUUUCUUUGACGAUUGUAUAUUCUGUAUCUGUAUAUAAAAAAUUACAAUUUAAUUUUAAUUAUAUUACUUUGAAAUAUUACGCUAAAUUCUGCACAAUUCAAACUCAGAAUUUAAAUGUUCUUAAAUUCCUACUUUUAUAGGUAAUUUUCGAAAAAAUUUAAAAAAUCGGUGGAAGGCACAAAUAAUAUAAUAUAAUUUCAAGGAAGGUAAAAACUAAAAUUAACUCGGCCUCGAAUUUGAUGAAAUUUAUCAGGAUAGCCUUUUACUAACGCGAAGUAAAGGACGUUGCAGUUCCUGCCUGAGAAAUAAGAACUCAUCCAUUGUACAUACUGUGGAUGAAAUAUUUCCAAUUCAAUUCAUGCGCGUUUCGUUUUUAUUGGGAGUUGUCAGGAGUAAAUUAUAGACUGCAGCCAUAAUGAACUUGUUGAUGAGAUAGAAAUAACCACUCUGACGGCAGAGACCUCUCAUUGAAGUAGGUACACUGGAUGAUGAUAAUAUGGGCUUUCAUUAGAGAUGUGAAAUUAUAUACAUUUUAUUUAGAUAUUAAUUAACUAAAAGUCAAUGCCAUUGUAGUGGCAGGCAUUGCAAUGUUCUAGAUUUACCUUUCACUUUUCUGUGAAACUUCUCCUUUAACAUUUUUGGACCAUAGUUCUGCCACUUGCUACGUCUCCAAAUCAGAAAUAACAAAACCUCCCGCUACCCAUUUAUUUUUGAGAGGGUAUGGGGUGAGUGAGACUUUUGUGUGAGAAUUUGCCCGCUUUGAAAUUAUUUUCUUUUAAUGUGGUAAAGUGUAGGAGGUUUUCAAAUAGACACCGUCUAUAUGCACUAUGCAGUCAACUUUCUAUUAACUUAUAGGCUGUAACUUUAGCAUAAUAUAAAUAUUCUGUAUAAAAUAUUGAUUAACAUGUAAUAACUUGACUUACCAUUAAUCAAAACAGUAACCCUAAAUUAAAAAUAUGCAAACUUUGAGCAUCAGAAUAAUAAAAAAAAUAUAUUUAAUGGUACAAAAAAAUGAAAUCAAAAAUAUUGAAACAUUAAAAAAAUAUUGCAUUUUUAAUAUUGAGGGCUCGGUUAUAACAUGCUUCCAAUAAACUGCAAAAAAAUCAUUACUUAAUAAUUAUUGUACAGAUAAAACUGGAUACAAUAUUUUAAAUAAGGAGAAGGGGAGAAAAUGCCAUAUUUAUAAUAAUAGUCUAUGUAUCUAUUUUAACUUUUUGAAUUAUUUCACUUUCAUUGCUCAGCUAUAAUGAAUAAUGUGUUAUUAAUCUUAGAAUCUACUCCUUAAAAAGGAACGUAUAGUGCAAUACUAAUAAUUUUAUAUUUUUACAGGAUUUUUGUUGAAUAUUUUUGUUUCUUGUUGAUGUUCGUUUUUUAUUUCAUUAUUUUUUUUGAGAUAAUCGUUUAAACUUAUUGCCAAAGAACAUGACUGUGAAUAUUUUACAUACUUAUAUAUUAUAUACAUUUCAAUGUUAUAUUAGGCCAUAAGAAUUAGAAAGUAGAUCAGAGUAAUUAUAAUUAUUCUAGAUUCAAAAUAUACAUUUAUAAAUUAAUAAGUCGACAAUUUAUGAAUAAUCCAUUCUCAAAAUGACCACAGUUAUUUUUCAAAGCAGCUUCCAUAUUUGAGUGUUUUUUUUUUAAUCCAAUCAAUUAUGCAGCCUAUACAUAUAUGUAUGUAUAAAUAAUUGAGGGUCUUGAAAAACUAUUGCCUAAUCUAUUGAUUUGCGCUAUCAUGUUUGCUUAUUGUAAAAUUCCUCAUAUUUUGUCAUUUGAAACAUUUUCUAUGGUCCUAGGUCCUACUAUGAAUAAGCAAGGUAGGGUACUUAUUUCUAGCGUUUGUUAGUAUAAGAAUAAUUGUAAUUAUUGUGUUGAAGGAAAUAUGGGACUGAAUAAAAUGAACAUAAUAGUUGAUUUUGUUGUUUUUUUUAUAAUACUUUUCUGUGAGUUCCAAAUAAAAGGGCUGAAUCAGAAAAAAAAGUCCAAAAAAUCUACUGGUAGUGUGCUUUUUUCUCCAAGGUAUAAAAGUGUUUUUCAGAAAUAUCUUGGUGAAUUACUUUAAUUUUUCAGCAACACUAAAAUUAUUGUGAAGUACGAA